AACCGUUGUCUGCUACCUACGACAAAGAUGAAUUUUGAGAGUGUUUCGGAAAUCGAAAAGAGACGAGAAGAUUUAAGAAGAGCACGCCAUUUACAUUUAGAAAAAGCUAAAAAAGACUAUGAGAAAGAGGAAAAGAAGAAAGAGCGUGCGAAGGCUCGAGGGGAGGACACAUGGAUGCUUGCCUCUGUAAACCAGCGACUCGAACAAGAGCAAAUGAGUUUGAAGAAAACAAAGAAGAAAAAGGAUAAGAAGAAAUCCAAGAAAAAGAAGAGAAGACAGUCAAGUAGUUCCUCUGACUCAGAAUCAGACUCAGAGGAGGAGAAGAGAAAAAAGAGGAGCAAGAAAAAGAAGAAAAGAAGGAAGGACAGUAGCAGCAGCUCGUCCAAUUCUGAUGAAGCUUCCCAGUGGGUGGAGAAAUCUGCUUCAGAAGACUCCAAAUCUGAAACUUCAGCUGUCAGAGGACCAAAGCUUGAGCGUGACAGCUGGAUGUCAGCCCCAAUAGAUUUGUUUGCGUCAGUAACAAGGCAGGACCUUAUGAACCGCCAGAAGAAGGAGAAGGAGGAACAGGACCGAGUCAAGAACCUGCUUGACAAGCCUGGUACCCAUGCCAAAGAGAUGAACCCAUACUGGAAGGAUGGAGGUACCGGCUUGCCGGAUGAGAAACCUGAGGGGAAGAAGGAACGAAUAGAAGGCAAGGAGAGGGUCGGGGAUGCAGGGUUGUCAUGGUUACAAAAGUCAUAUGAGAGGUGUGUUGAACAGGCAAAGGAGGAGGGACGGUCACUGGAAGAGCUGGCAGCUGAGCGAUGGGGGAGCCUUGAAAAGAUACAGAGUAUGAUACGUGAUGCUGAAAUUGCAAAAUUUGGCCGUCCUAGGACAGGUGACCAAAGAAAGAGGUUUAUGAAACCGACAGACUCUGAUAACAUCAGUGAUUCGAGAAACUCAAAAUCAUCUAGUUCAGGCUAUAAUAGAAAAAGGUCAAAGAGUCCUGAAAGGUCAAGGUUUCAAAGGCCAAGGUCAAAUUCACGGGAAAGAAGGGACACAUCAAGAUCUAGAGAAAAGAGACGUUCACGAUCAAGGUCAAGAGAAAGAAGGUCAAGAAGUAGGGAUCGUAGGUCAAGGUCACGAGAGAGAUACAGGUCAAGAGAUUAUAGGUCAUCUACAAGUAGUUCAUUAAAAGGGAGAUUUAUGAAACCUGGAGAUUUGGAUAAUGGUGAUAAAAGAAGGGAAGCCUCCAGCAGUUCCAACAGCAAAGCACCGUCUUGGAGGAAGAAAGAAUUUCAGAAACCUGACGAGGAUAAGGAAGAAGUAAAAAGAGAAAAUGUUGACACCCCUCGUGAAAGAAGACGAGAAAGAAGAAAGUCGUCAUCUUCAUCAGAUUCCUCUUCAGACUCCAGCAGUGAAAGCACUAGUGAAGAUGAAAGAAGUAAGAGGAAGUCUCCCGCCAAGAAGCAGCCACCGUCCCGAAUCCUUACAGAGAAGGAGAUGAAUGACCUUGGGGCAAAGAUUGUCAAGGCUGAAAUCUUGGGAAAUGAGGAGCUAGCAGCCAAGCUCAAAGCCCAGUUGGAAUCAGCUAGAGAGGCAAAGAAGACAGCUCCUCAAGGUCAGGUUCGGGUUGGUGGACAGGAUGAGGAGGAGGAGGAGGUAGUGACUUUGACCCGCACAGGAAGGUCAGGCAUGGCAAGACCUGUGUCAGAGGGAGAAUUCCCAGUCGAAUCCGGUGGUCGCCGACGCAGGAAGAAACAAACAGUGGAGACCCACACGGGCAAACAGGGAGAGAGAACUAAAUACUUUGAUGAUGAUGACAAGCACGAUCUCAAGUCUCUUGUCGAGAGAGAGAAGUUGGGUACGGCUGAAGAUCAGAACCAGAUGUUUGCUCGCCUUGCUGGCAGGGCUUCAGAGCGUACAGAUGAUGACUUCCAGAUGGACGACCUUAUCCUCAGCAAGGCAGAUAGGAAACAGUCAGAGGCUGUACAGGAACAGAGGGAUAGAGCAGCUGCUAUAUUUGAACACAAAAAGAUGGGAACUGCAAUGGAUAAGUGCAAUUUCUGCUUUGGGAAGGUUUCGAAGCAUUUAAUCAUUGCUAUAGGACAAAAGGUUUACCUGAGCCUGCCUCCCCACCAGUCUCUGACUGAGGGCCACUGCCUUAUUGUACCCAUGCAACAUGUCACAUCCAGCACUGUGGUGGAUGAGGAUGUCUGGAGUGAAAUACAGUUGUUCCGGAAGACGCUGACCCGAAUGUUUACAGAGAAGGAUGAAGAUGUUGUGUUUAUGGAGACGAGUAUGAGGCUGAAACACUUUCCCCACAUGUGUAUAGAGUGUGUCCCUAUAGAGAAGGAGGUGGGAGAUAUGGCACCCAUUUACUUCAAGAAAGCCAUACAAGACAGCGAGAGUGAGUGGUCACAGAACAAAAAAGUCAUAGAACUCCGCCACAAGGACAUCAGACAUUCUGUACCUAAAGGAUUCCCCUACUUCGCUGUAGAUUUUGGAAAUGAAGGAGGCUUUGCACAUGUGAUAGAGGACGAACAGAAAUUUCCUCACUACUUUGGCAGGGAAAUAAUUGGUGGGAUGGUGGACGCUGACCAUAGGCUCUGGAAGAAACCUCCUCGUGAGAACUUUGACGACCAGCGGAGGAAAGUGAUGAAAUUUUCAGAGAUGUGGAAACCUUACGACUGGACUCAAAAUAUAGACAAGAAAGUGAAUGAAGACUCUAGUAGCAGCAGCAGUGAUGAUUGAGUUGCUGCUAAAAAAACAUUAUAUGAAGAAACACUGACACUGAUUUGUGAAAAAGUUUAUUUAUCAUUUGUAAAUACUUUAUAACAAUAAAUUUUUGGAUUUAACAAUUUGAAAGACUAAGAUUUGUUGAUUCCUUAUUAAAGAUUUGAA